GAGACGGGAAGAAACAAAAAGAUUUGAAAAAGCCAUGGUAUCGCCCAAGAAGAAAGCUGCCGGCCGUAACCGCAAGAAGAACGCACUGCAGUUAAGGAGAUACGAAAAGAUUCGAAGCUUCCUGAAGGAUUUUGACAGCGGAGUUGAAGGGCGGAGUAAAGAAAUGGAAAAGAUGUUGAAAGAUAUCCUCAUCUCAGUGGAUGCUCAUUGCAAUCUUAUGAUUGUUAAGAUUCCUUUGGCUGUCAGACAGAUGACAUAUGUGGAUUACGUUGCUGCAGGUGGAAGUGUGCAGGCGGUGGCUGAAGCCGAGCAGAAUCGAAUUGCUGCUGUCGGCCUGGAAGUUGACGCCAUAGAGACAGAAAUUAUCCAAGAUGCAGUAAAGCUGAGAACUGCAAAAAAAAGUAAAAGAUCCAAAUGUGACAAAACUCUCAGUGAAAAUGAGAAUAUUCCUCCAUCAACCAAUACCAGUCGAAAGGGUAGAGGUGCAACAUUCACAGGGAAAAAAAGACAUCCAUCAGUUUCCACCAGCGUUAAAGGAAUAAAAAAAACAAAACUGUUCACUCCGAGUAACCGAGUAGAUACGAAAGGUGACCUGUGGAGACCCACACCAUUAAAAACUCCAAUGUUUGAUUCCGGGGUUCUAAAGACUCCAGGAGUUCGGGUGCCAAGGCAUAAGGAGCAAGUGUUUACCUGCUCAGUGAAUGGAAGCCCACUGUCUGAAUCUACAGAAGUAACCAUUAAUUUACCAGUUGGGGAUUGUCAGAAUGUUCAGUUGACGGCUAGCAAAAUAAAAGCUGCAGAUUUACACCAAAUGGAUAAACAGACACUUGAGAGUAUCAAGUUAUUAUCUAGUCAACUGAAUGCAGUACUGAAAGGGAAAGAAUGAAACCCAGGAGUGGUGUUGAUAAUUCUCUUCUCUUCUAGACCAUGUGUAUAAAGCUAAAGAUUGUUCUGUUUAAAUAUCUGCUUACUUGGCUUGUUUUCCUGCCACUGCGUGUCACUCUGACUAUAACCUUGACAUGAAUGGUGAAUGACUUACUGUCUUAGCUCCUUUGCUUACAGUUGAUGUGACUGAUGGAAAAAAAGUGCUUCUAUCCAUCUGUGUUUCCUUAUAUUUAUCUAUCACUGUUUUUAAAUUUGUGCCUCAAUAUUAGAACUGUUCUCUCCCUGCCCCCCCCCCCCCC